GAAAAAGGGGUGAUUUUUGGUGUAAAUCUAGACUGUAAUUCUGUAAUAUAUCACAGUACCUCGUAAAACCGACACUAAAACCUCCCGGCCUACAAAUCACCGGUCAAAUUAUGAGUUCAUUGUAUUAUGCGAACGCUUUGUUUUCUAAAUAUCAAGCUGCAAGUUCGGUUUUUCCAAGUGGGGUCUUUCCCGAGCAAACUUCUUGCGCCUUUGCGUCCAGUUCACCAGGCGCCAGCAGCUAUGUCUCGGGCUCCGGCGGCGCAGGCUUCUCCUCCUCUUCCUCCACACUAUCGGGACUGUACAAUAACGCAGGGAACAUGCCCACCCAAACCCGAAGCAUGUAUCCCUCUGCAUAUGGGCUGGGCACCGGCUCUCUGAACAUGCACUGCUCCCACUUUGAACACCCCGACCUCUCCAUGAUUUGCUCCGGUGGUGACCCGUCCAAAGUGUCCAGCUGCGGUAAGGCGGAGCAGAGACAGAACGAGGACAGUUUACGGAUCUACCCCUGGAUGAGAAGCUCAGGUGCAGACAGGAAGCGAGGUCGACAGACGUACACGCGUUACCAGACGCUGGAGCUUGAGAAGGAGUUCCACUUCAAUCGCUACCUGACCCGCCGAAGACGCAUAGAGAUCGCACACGCGCUGUGUCUGACGGAGAGGCAGAUCAAAAUCUGGUUCCAGAACCGGAGGAUGAAGUGGAAGAAGGAGAACAAGACGCCUGGCCGGAGCUCCCCUGCAGCCGAACCGCCGGGGGGCGAGGAGGACGAGGAUGAAGACCAGUAGCGACGGUGAAUGGACGGUGAAAAGACUAAUGAGCACUACAUGAGACUGAUAUUAUAUUAAAACCGUAGGGGAAAACCGUGUCCCCCCUAUUCUUACACUGAGUUAAACAUACAAUACUACCUAUAAGAUUAAUGAUUAAUGAUUAAUGUAGCCUAUAGCCACGUCUUGUUUUGUUAAAAGUACAGUGAAAUUGUAUAAAGAAAAAAAAUACUAUGAUUCUAAGCGAUACUAAAUAAGCUAUUGUUGCUUAAAUGUUGAUUUAGGUAAAUAUUAUCUAGUUCUUUGGCAUAGACCGUAAUAUUGCAAAACUCUGGUUGGGAAAACUAGCCUGUAUGCGAGAAAAGGGAUCGGCUUUGCAGCAGUUUGGCAACUCUAAGGUCAUCCUUGUUGUUAUAUUUUCAUUCUCUGUCAUCUUGUGAUCUUCUGGAUGUAUAUUUUAUGACUUGUUGUAAGGGCUUUUACCCCUAUGUCAAAUUAUUUUACGUAUUUUGUUUUUAUUAUUGAGAUGCUGGCCUACAGUGGACCACGAUAUGUAGGAAUUUGUAUAAUUUCGUGUUGUGAGGAACUAUGUGUUAUUCAAUUGCACAAGUGUUCUGUCAAUAAAGCAAAAAGUAAUUAAUUA